AUGAGUGCUCCUUCUUCAACAGCAUCACAUUUCCUUCUUUUGCAGUUUUUUCUUGGACUCGUUCUUUUCGCGCACAUUGUUUUCUUCCACGAAGACACCACGCGCACGAGACAUGUGAACGUUAUUGUUAACGAAAGUCAAACCGGAAGAGGGAAAGGGAAAUCUUCAGUCGAUGUGAAUUGUCGAAUGUGUGAGAAUCUUCUCGCGAACGACGUCGUUUGGAGUAAAUCUUCUUGGAAGUUAAUGGAUAUCGAAAAAUGUGCAUAUCCAAUAAGAAACGAGAACGAGGCGUCUGCAUAUCAAAAUGUUCGAGAAAGGUUCCGAAAGUUUACCGCGAAUAAACAAAAAGACAGCGACAGCAUUUUGUUCAUAGGAAAUAGCGUGAGUAGACGUCAAAUGUACGCCGUCGCUCAUAUUCUAGGAGGUGAAAAUGCGAGAGUGAACGCCAUCGCGAGGAACGCGACGUUAUCGGAACGAUAUGGCGUUCAACGCGUUUUCGAUUCGAAAACAAAGUAUCACAGCGCUUUCGAAGUGAAACUCAAUAUCGCGUCCGGCGAAAUGGGAGAGCCGUAUUCGUGUCUGCCGGAAUCAGUAGAGAAUAUCGCAGAGGAGAUUCUAGAAGAGAAAGAAUCCAUGCGGUGUUCGAACGCGCAGAUGAAACACGACAUCAAUGCCUUAAGGCUUGGUUUUUUGUACGUAGGAUCCGGUCGUAGAGCACAUACAGCUCUGUUGAAAGCGUUAGAUGCUUGGAUUAAAGGCGCUAAAACGAGAAAGGACGAAUACGCGCUCGAUACGUAUAAAACGAUUGUUAUACAAGUUGGACUCGAUUCCGGUGCACUUCGAAUGAGCGACGGUUACGGCGAAAUACUAGAGAGAUUAAAAGAGCUCAUAUCUUUACGACAUGGUCUUCGCGUCAUUUUUAGCGGCGUACAUCACCAUUUCAUCAAUGCAAAUCACGAUGACGUUGAGUAUCAGGAAGACUUGCGCGACUUUUUAGAUACUUCCUUAUGGCCGAGCGUUCGCAAAAUAAAAGGAGCAGAAGUCUUAGAUACGACGAAGGCCACGAUCGAAGGUGUAAGCAGCGGCGUGUUAGAACACGAGCGUGGAAGCUCCUGGCAUUUCAUGGACGAAGGCAGGAUUUUUCUCGCUUCGCUCUUGUUGAAUCAUCUUCUCCGCUCGUGUAGCUGA